CCGAGGGUGCCCCGUCCACUCUCGUGUCGGUCCCGCGAUGGGCAUGUUCGCAUCGGCCGCAAAGAGAUACAGCAACGGCAAGAAUUUUCUCCGCAGCGCGGGCGUGUGCUGUUGUUCGCCGUCCGCCUCCGCCCAGCUUGGUGGUGUGCGCGGCAAGGAAGAGACAUCGACGUCGGCGCCAGCUUUCGCGCCGGAUAGCAACAAGAAAAGGUGGAGGAAGAGGAGGUUCUGGAGAAAGAAGAUGAAGGCCAGGAAGGAGAUCGGCGGGCUGGUGGACCUCGUCAACGAUAUUUCGGCCAAGUCAGAGGAGAGCCUAGGGGUUAGCAACCAAAACAUGCCCAGCAGGGCGCUGACGUUCAGUCAGCUGAGCGCCGCAACGGACGGGUUCAGUUCGCAGAACCUGCUCGGAGAAGGCGGCUUUGGACGGGUGUACAAAGGGCUCCUCGAGGACACCGGAGAGGUUAUCGCCGUGAAGCAGCUGAACAGGGACGGGCUCCAGGGCAACGGCGAGUUCCUCGUCGAGGUGCUGAUGCUCAGCCUCCUGCACCACCCGAACCUCGUCAAGCUGCUGGGCUACAGCACCGACUCCAACCAGCGGAUCCUGGUCUACGAGUACAUGCCCAGGGGCUCGCUGGAGGACCAUCUCCUGGACUUGCCCCCGAGCUGGAAGCCCCUGCCGUGGCACACGCGGAUGCGGAUCGCGGUGGGCGCGGCGAAGGGCAUCCAGUACCUGCACGAGGUGGCAAACCCGCCGGUGAUCUACCGCGACCUCAAGGCCUCCAACAUCCUCCUGGACGCGGACUUCAACGCCAAGCUCUCCGACUUCGGCCUCGCCAAGCUGGGCCCCAUGGGCGACCAGAGCCACGUCAGCACCAGAGUCAUGGGCACCUACGGCUACUGCGCCCCCGAGUACGCCAUGACCGGCAAGCUCACCAAGAUGUCGGACAUCUACAGCUUCGGCGUCGUGCUGCUCGAGCUCAUCACCGGCCGCCGCGCCAUCGACAUGGCCAGGCCGUCCGAGGAGCAGGUCCUACUUAACUGGGCGUCGCCUCUGCUGAGAGACAAGAGGAGGUUCGUGAAGCUGGCCGACCCGUUGCUGGGCAACAGGUACCCAGUGAAGGCGCUGUACCAGGCGCUCGCCGUCGCGUCCAUGUGCCUGCAGGAGGACGCUGCCAGCCGGCCGGGGAUCAGCGACGUCGUCGCGGCGCUCUCCUUCCUCGCCGACCCGCAAUACUACCCUCCCGGAGGCACGGAAGCUGAACACAAGAGCACGCAUAGCGGGACAGACAAUGAUAGCAGUCCUCCUAGGGCCGAAAUGGUCAGGGCAGACGACGACAUGAAGCAUAGAUGACCGUAGAGGGGGAGCUAAUUAACGGGAAACAUGGCAAAGGGAGGAUUUGCAGAGCUGUCUGUCUGCUCUCUUCAAUCUUCCUUUCGUAAAAGGUACACCACGUAGGCAGGAUGUAACAUCAUUCAAGGAGUUAUUGACCGAUGCUGAUUUUUAGCAGCAAUGCAGCAUGAAGUUGAGCUAACUGUAUGACACAGAUUACUCAGGUGAGAGAUAAGCGGGUAUUUGUG